AUGUCGGCGUUACGAUUUAAAUUUUUCCUCAGAGACACCGCAGUUCGAAGAUUUUGGAAUACAUGGACUCGAAAUUAUCUUAUAAAUACUGUAGUGAGAAAGUUCAGACGUGACCGGGGUGUCAGGGAGGUUAUACAGUGUUUCAAACAAGUAAUUUUCCGUCCACGGCGAACCUUGCUGUUGACGGCCACGGCAGUGUGUAAAGGUCGUGAUAAAGGGUUCCCCUGCGAGCAAGGCAUAUCUGAUAAUGAAUUACAGGAAUUACUGGAUGAAAUGGAAGGGCUUGAUAAAUUGGCCAAGCUGACUGUCUAUUGCACAAGUUGUGGAAAAAGAUUAGUGAUUGAUAAAAAACAGAACGGAGUCUCAUACUGUGUAUGCAAAGACUCGAAACCUAGUCAAGAAUCGGUAGACGGUUGGGUGCCAUAUAUGGAGGCUGUGGAUGUUAUUAUAUGGAGAAAGGAGUAUAAGCCGGGAACUGGGCAAUAUGCAUAUAAAGUCUAUGGCCGGUACCCGGAAGUGUCAGCUAGUGAUUACGCGGCCGUACAAAUAGAUGGCGCUUAUCGAAAGGCCUGGGAUAGUGCGGUGGCUGCGUUGUCUGUGGUGCAGAGAGGUGCUCAUGGCAUUGCUGACCAGGCGGUAAUGCAUUGGGAGGUUCUUUGGCCUAGACUAUUCGCGAAUCGAGAUUAUGUCUACAUAAGACGACACAAGGAAGUCGAACUAACGACGCCAAAGACGUACGACUUCACCAGCGUGCACGCGAAAGCGAGACAGAAAUAUGAAGAAGAGGCUAGGGGGAGGGAUGGCAAUAAGGUGUAUAUUAUACUGUCGAAGGCGUGCGAACAUCCAGACGUACCGGAAACAAAGCACGCGAUCCGAGUCACAGAGUACUGGAGUCAUAUGGUGGUUAAGACCAUUCAUGGUGCUGAUAAGCCCGGUAUGGAGUUCGUUCUAACGUACUACGAUGAGCCGGCCGUGGGCGGGAUGCCGGGCGGGGUCGCCGCUUGGGCGUCGAGUCGUGCCGCCCCCGACUACUUGUUGAAAAUGAGAAGGGCAGCCACGGAAUAUAGAAGCUGGGCGGAUCGGAGGGGUAAACAGGAUUUACCAGACUUCACACCAUUUGGCCCGGACGAAGUAAGUUUCGAAGAGAACGUUGAACAAAUAAACGAACAGGAUAUGGAGUCGUCAAAAUUAGGUCCAGAUUUAGAGUGCGAUACGGAAAAGAAAGAUAAAGAAACACAGACGGAUAUAAAUGAUGAUAAAAUUGUUAAAACAGAGGAAACAACGAAUACAGAGAACAAUGAGAAAGUCAAAGAAAAUGUGGAAGGCAAAGAUGAAGCCCAAAGUGAAGCAUCAGGGGAUACUGAAAAGAAAGAAAGUGUUAAACCAAGUGAACGGGGGGAAAGUGAAGAGGAAAAAGAGGAAAAAUACUUUUAUUGGCAUAGAACGAGAUUGGGCGAUAAUUUAAACAUCUUCUUGUUACCAUUCUUCAAGGUGUAA